AUGGCAAGAUCUAAGACUUAUUUCGACAUAUCCAUUGGCGGUACCCCUAAGGGUCGCAUUGUUUUUGAAUUGUACAACGAUGUUGUGCCAAAGACCGCUGAAAACUUCCUUGAACUAUGUAAAGGAGAUUUUGGCAUGGCCAAGAGUAAACCUGAUGUGCCAUUGUCCUACAAGGGAUCCAUUUUUCACAGAGUGAUUAAGGAUUUUAUGCUACAAUUCGGUGAUUUUACCAAUUCUGAUGGUACCGGUGGGGAGAGUAUUUACGGUGAGAAAUUCGAGGAUGAAAACUUUACUUUGAAACACGACAAGCCUUUCCUGUUGUCCAUGGCCAAUGCCGGUCCAAACACCAAUGGAUCUCAAGCUUUCAUUACCUGUGUUCCAACUCCACAUCUGGAUGGCAAACACGUUGUGUUUGGUGAAGUGAUUCAAGGAAAGAGACUCGUGCGUCUUAUUGAGAGUCAACAAACUGAUCAAGGCAACGAUAAACCUAUGAGAGAUGUCAAGAUCGAAGAUUGUGGCGUCUUGCCCGACGACUAUGAAGUUCCAGCAAAUGCAGAGGAUACUCCAACUGAUGAGUACGGUGAUAAUUACGAGGAGUCGCUCAAGGAAGAUAGCAAAGUGGACGUAAACGAUGUCAAAAGUGUUUUGAAAGCCACCGAAUUCGUUAAACAAAUCGGUACCGAUCAAUUUAAGAAGCAGAAUUACACGGUCGCCUUGGAGAAAUACCAAAAAUGCGACAAGUUUCUAAAAGAGUACACUCCAGAAGAUUUGCCCGAAGAAGAUAUUAAGAAAAUCAACGAUUUGAAAGUCUCAUUGCCUUUGAACAUCGCGCUUUGUGCACUUAAGUGUAAGGACUACAGAAAGGUCCUGGUAGCUGGCUCUGAAGUUCUUUACGCAGAGGCUGCUGAUGAUAAGGCAAAGGCCAAGGCUCUUUACCGUCGUGGUUUGGCCUACAACGCUUUGAAUGACAUAGACAUGGCCCUCACAGAUCUUGAGAUGGCCACGACAUUCCAGCAGAAUGAUGCUGCAAUCCUCAACGCAAUCAAAGAUGUUAAGGUUAAAAAGAAAGCAAAUAAACGACAAACAGAAGAAGUCUCUAUCCAAGAUGUUUUCCUGAGCUAG